AUGGGUCGUCUCAACGUCCUGAUGAGAAGCCUACUCUUCUUAGUCACUCUUUUCGCAUGCCUUGCAACAACUGUCUCGGGUCAUCAGCACUCGCACCACAACCACGCUCACCUGCAUGCUCGCGCCGACAACAAGAACUCCAGUGCCGCGAACAUUGUAGAGGAAGCACUCGCUGCUCUGAAGCUUCUCAACAAAGCUAGAGUCGAGAAUCCACACUUCAACAAGUAUGAGUUUCAUUCUGGCUCCAAGACACCGAGUCUUGCCCCGGCCUUGGAUGCGCCUGCCGUGAUCAGCAAUGAUACUACGUUGAGAAGGCGUCAAAGCCAGAACAACAGCAGUGCCGAGAUCUUCGCUCCAAAUUUCUCUAUCUCCUCUGAGCUAGCUGAGGCCGCGAAAGUUCUGGCAGAGUCUACGCCUCAGGUUCCCAAGGGAAACCACAGCGAGGUGGCUAAAGUCAUAAGAGAGAAGUAUGCACACAAGACAAAUGACACCAAUACUCCAGAGUCGCUCAAAACUCCCGAGGGGCGGCUUUCUGUGUACGGAGAUGACAAACUGAAUAAGCGUGCCGAGGAGUGGUGGAUGGUCAGCAUGGGCUCAUCCGGAGCCAGUCCCUUCGCUCCUAGCGGUUACAAAGUUUGGAGAAACGUGAAAGAUUAUGGCGCAAAAGGCGAUGGUGUGACAGAUGAUACAGAUGCUAUCAACAAAGCCGUGAGCGACGGCGUCAGAUGCGGUCCUGACUGUGGCUCGAGCACGAUCUAUCCUGCUGUCGUUUACUUCCCCCCAGGAACGUAUCUGGUCAGCAGUCCGAUCGUUCAAUACUUCAACACAGAGUUCCUCGGCAAUCCUCUCGAUGUACCAACUCUGUUGGCUGCGUCAAGCUUCGUGGGCCAAGGUGUCAUCAAGAGUGAUGUCUAUAUCAGUGAUGACGAGGAGUGGUACCUGAACACUGCCAACUUUCUCCGAAGUAUCAAGAACUUCAAGAUCGACAUCAGACCCGCAUCUUCAUGGACUUACAUGUGUGGAAUCCACUGGCAAGUCGCACAAGCAACAUCUCUGGAGAACAUCGAGUUCUACAUGCAAUUUGAGUCGGAUGUUCCCGGCAACAACCAACAGGGCGUUUACAUGGAGAAUGGAUCGGGUGGCUUCCUAGCUGAUCUCACCUUUGUUGGAGGUGCCUUUGGAGCAUACUUCGGAAACCAGCAGUUCACGACUUCUCACCUCGUGUUCGUCAAUUCUGUUGUUGGUGUCCAGGUCCACUGGGACUGGGCCUGGACUAUGCAGGACUUCAUCUUUGAAAGCUGCGGGACCGCGCUUCUCGUCGUCGGCGGUGCUGGAGGUCCAAAGUCGACUGGACAAGGCGUGGGAUCACUCAUAUUGGUGGACUCCAUCAUCGCAAACACCCCCAAGGGCAUCGUCACAACGCUCUAUGCCGAGAAUUCGACCUCAUUCCUGCUGCAGAAUGUCGGAUUCUUCAACACAAUCACGGCAAUUACUGACAACGAGACUGGCAACAUCCUCCUGAACGGCGGCAAUUCUGUCGUUGUCGAUAGCUGGGGUUUCGGUCGUAUUACAAACGCUACCACGGGUGCUGGGCAAACAUCCUUUGUCAAUGGCGAGCACAUCGCUGUCAUGGAGCGGAACGAGGGCUUGUUGGGUGACGCCUAUGACAACCUGAAACCGAAUCUUUUCACGAGAAGACGACCAAAGUACCAAGAUGUUCUUUCUAGCAAGGUCAUGAACGUCAAGACACUUGGUGCCAAGGGCGAUGGCAAGACCGACGACACGAGCGUGCUGAAUUCCAUCCUUCAGGGUGCCGCGAAUACCUCUUCCGUUGUAUUCUUCCCCUACGGUGUCUACCUUGUGACGGACACUCUUCGCGUACCCGUCGGCUCCCGUAUCAUCGGCCAGGUCUGGCCACAGAUCAUGGGCACAGGAGACAAGUUCUCCGACGAGACCCAGCCAAGAGCCGUGGUUGAGGUUGGUAAAGCUGGAGAUGUUGGCAUUGUAGAAAUCACAAGUAUGAUGGUUACCGUCAAGGGGCCCACUGCAGGUGCCGUUACCAUCGAAUGGAACGUUGCUGAAUCGAGCACCGGAUCUGCUGGCAUGUGGGACUCUGGAAUCGUCAACUCAAGGUGCAAGGCUGCUUCUCUUCUGAUGCACUUGAAGCCCAAAUCAACGGCAUAUCUCGAGAACGUCUGGCUCUGGACUGCAGAUCAUGACCUUGACAAGAUCACUCUCGAUCAAAUCGACAUUUAUGCCGGCCGUGGUCUCCUCGUCGAAAGCGAAAAGGCUUGGCUCUGGGGAACCUCAGUAGAGCAUAAUGUCUUGUACCAGUAUCAGUUCUCCAACGCGAAGAACGUGGUCAUGGGAAUGAUCCAGACGGAGUCCCCUUACUUUCAACCCGUCCCUAAAGCACCAACACCAUUCACGACUGGCAUGUUUCCCAACGACCCGACAUUCAGUGGCUGUGUGGCUUCCUCCUCCGCAACAUGUGCCGUCUCUUGGGCAGUCCGAAUCAUCGACUCUUCUUCCAUCUACAUGCUCGGUGCCGGACUCUACAGCUGGUUCAUCGAUUACAGUCAGGACUGUUUAGACACAGAGAACUGUCAGGAGCGCGCUAUGGAAGUGCAGCAAAGCAAGGACAUCUGGAUCUACAACCUCUGCACCAAAGCUAUAGUUGAGAUGGUGUCGCCUUUGGGUAGUGUUCCAACAUAUGCCAAAGACAACGUGAAUGGAUUCCUGGCCUCCGUCUUAGCAUGGCUUCAGGGUUCCACUGACGUAGCAGGCGAGCGCGAGUUUGAAGGUUAUCGUGUAUGGACGAACGGAAUGCUGGAACAGCUCUACGGCCUCGUCUUGCCAGAGACCUGCAGCAGUGCUUUGACCGAGAUCAUUGCAUGUGAUAACCGCACUGAAGAUUAUCAAGGGCCUGGUAUUCGCAGCUGGCUCGGGAAUGUCAACGAUACCGACAGCGUGUGCGCUGAGUCUUGCGGAAAGAGCCUGAAGACUUGGUUUGACAGUGUUUCCAUCGCCUGCGCGGGAUACGAAGUCAAUGAUGCGCUCCCAACUCUUCUCGGAGGCCGCAUUUGGGAUGGGUGGAACCAGACUUGUUUAAAGGAUACCGACAGUGGCAAGUAUUGCGGUGAGAUUACAGACGGCUUCACCACGGUCUCUACCAUCGAAGAGAUGCCCAAGAACGAGCUUUGCUCAUUCUGCUGGGUGGAGCACUAUGCCAUCCCUCAACGUUCACGGUACUCCAAGUACGACUCCUUUAUCCAGUCUCAAUAUGAGUACACGGUUACCGAGUGCGGUACAGCCGGUGUCAACACGACUAUACCCGAGACACCACUCAUCAUCGAAGACCCGGCAACUUACUGUCAGACUGACAAAUGGUACACUACGGCUGAAGGGGACACAUGCGACACAAUAGCCCAGUCGAACAGCGUUUCUUCAGCAACACUUUACUUCGAGAACCCAGACACGAUCUUCGAUUGUUUCAAUAUCGAGGCCGGCUCCAAGCUGUGCAUCCCGCCGUCCUGCGCUCUCACAUGGGUCAUCCAGCCCGACGAUACCUGCGCCUCAAUCGAGUACAACCUGACCAUGACAGCCGUCACGCCGGUACUCGGCAACACCCAGAAGUACAAUCGGUGGGUGGACAAGAACUGCGAAAACCUACACAUUGCCAGCGCCGCCACCUUUGGCCACGUUCUUUGCAUGUCCCCUCCAGACGGAGCCUACGCUGGCAAUGACACCGUCAAUGGAGACACUACCACGCCUACCAAUGCGCCGGGUUACAGUGAAGAGAUCAUCGAUCCGCCUGCGGGAGCAACAGUCGCGGAUGGUACGACUGUGUAUUGUGGGUCGUGGCAUGUCGCAGCCGUCAAUGAUACCUGUAGCACCAUAGCCUUCAGCAGUGGCACGACGAUUACUCUUUUCUUGGAGGUCAACCCUUCUCUUGGAACUGAGGUUGCGGGUUGCACCGAGAAGUUGGUACAAGGAAAUGCGUACUGUGGACUGCCUUUCGUUGUUUGGGAUGAACUGGAUGUAAAGCUGGACGAUGCGGGAUCCCUCAGUCGUAUUCGUAUUCUGAACCCCUGGAAACUUAAUAGCGGCAGUCGAAGCCGACGCCCAAUUCAUCUCCAUGUCCGUUCGAAUACCUACUUAGACAAGCGAAAGCUUGCAUCAUCGAGGAUGGGGUUGAACGUGGUGUUGCUGGCCCAGGCACUAGGCGCGCUUGCAGCGUUCUACGUCGCCAAGUUUGUUGUCCGACUGGUUCAAGUCAGGUCGAGAGUGCGGGCUGUCUCAAAAGACCAUGGAGUGGAAGUCCUUCCUCACUCGUUCAUCUUCGGCCAUCUUUUGCUAGUUGGCAAACUGAUGGCAAAACAACCUCCAGGACUCAAUGGCCAAGUGCUCCCGCUACUACUACUGAGAAAGUACCCGAACCUUUGCAAAAAAGGGCUAGUUUAUGUAGAUACAUGGCCCAUCAGCCCGCCCAUGAUUGCCGUCUUUCACCCAAAGAUUGCAGAUCAAUUCACGCAGGACCGCUCGCUACCGAAGCACGCCAUGAUGAAAGAGGAGUUCCAUCCACUGACGGGAUGCGAUGAUCUCGUCAAUAUGGAAGGCCAGACAUGGAAGACGUGGCGAGCCGUAUUCAACCCAGGGUUCUCAGCUCGGAACAUCCUCUCAUUAGUCCCUGCAAUGGUUGAAGAAGCAUUAGUUCUCAAGAAGUCUUUCGAGACUCUCGCUGACUCGGGAGCCACUGUUGCUCUGGAAGACGGUGUUAUGAAGGCCACAGUAGACGUCAUCGGUAGAGCGGUUCUGGGGACUCGCCUAAACGCACAAACAACAGACUCGCCCGUUUUCACAGCUCUGCAGAAGCAGAUUGGCUUGCUGAUCCCAGACAAUGGUCCGCCCAAUCUUCUCAAGUCUAUCAAUCCCUUGAGGCCGCUUCAGAUGCUUUACUACAACUAUGUCAUGAAGCGCGAGAUCGUGCCCCACAUCGAGCGUCAGCUCAAAGAGAACAUAUCAGAAAGAAGCAACAGCAACGGCCCCAAGACCGUCAAUAGUCUGGCAAUAAGUUCCUACAUCAAAGAGAUGUCUGCGGCUGGCUCCAAAGCCGAAGCGAAGCUCGACUCUCAAUUCAUUGACGUUGCCGUUUCUCAGCUCAAGAUCUUUCUGCUUGCGGGUCAUGAUACCACGGCGAGCGCUUUAUGCUUCGCCUGGUAUCUCAUGAGCAAGUAUCCCGCUAUCCUCGAGAAAGUUCGAUCCGAGCAUGACGAGGUUUUUGGGACCGAUGCAAGCGCCACAGCAUCUCGGAUUGUCGAGAACCCCGCGUUGCUGAACCAUCUUCCCUACACCAACGCUGUACUGAAAGAAACGCUCCGCCUCUACCCACCAGUCGGGACGGUACGACAGGGAGCUCCCGAUGUGUUCAUCACCGAACCAGAAACAGGCGAGCGAUUCCCGACCGACGGGUUCAUGAUGUUCGUCGCAUCGCAGGCGAUGCACAGAUGGGACGCGCUUUGGCCAGAACCCGACAAAGUCAUUCCUGAGAGGUGGCUGGUCAAAGAGGGUGACCCUCUUCACCCAGUGAAGAGUGCAUUCCGACCGUUUGAACUAGGUCCCAGAAAUUGUAUUGGCCAGGAGCUAGCUUUCGUUGAAAUGCGACUUAUCUUGGCAUUGACUGUGAGGGAGCUUGAAGUUGUGCCGCAAUUUGCCGAGCACGCGCCAGAGGUUUUCGGGGAGAAGGGUUUUCAGUGGAUGACGGGAACACAGAUCACUGCUCAUCCCAAGGAAGGAAUGCCAGUCAAGAUCAUUAGAAGGUAA